GUCUUCAUCACCAAACUCAAACCCACCACCAAACACCAAACAUGUCUCAGCAACCUCAAGAACAAGCCUUGUGCACGAUUGAUCCUUACCAGUCUCCCCAGAUUACGAGAAACCCUGAUGGCUCCAUCACCCGUCUGAUCUCUAUUCCGACCACCGCAGCCUCGCUGGAUCCCGACUCUCCGUCACCGGUUCUCUCCAAAGACCUUCCUCUCAACCCUAACAACGCCACCUUCCUCCGACUGUACCUCCCUCGAAAAAGUACCGUCUUGCUCCCGAAGCUCGGCUUCCGUCGGCCUAUGACGACGCCGUGGAAGCUUUGGAGUGGUUGAGAGCCACCGGCGAGAAAUGGAUACGUGAAUUUUCCGACGUCUCAAGCUGCUACCUCAUGGGCACGAGUGCAGGUGGCAACAUGGCUUACCAUGUAGGACUACCUGUAGCAUCAGCCAUUGAUGAGUUUGGACCGUUGAAGAUCAAAGGGUUGAUAUUGCACCACCCAUAUUUUGGUGGGUCCCAGAGGACUGAGUGAGAGGUGAGGCUUGCCAAUAAUCCAACUCUGCCGCUCAGCCGGAGUGAUCUGAUGUGGGAUUUCACGCCGCCCGUGGGUGCGGACAGAGAUCACGAGUAUUGCAAUCCAACGGUAGUGCGUGAUUUGAGGGCUCUGUGUGCUGAGAUUGCACGGCUGGGAUGGGAGGUAAUAUUAGCAGCGUGUGACCGAGACCCAAUGAUUGAUCGACAGGUGGAAGUGGUGAAGAUCUUGCGAAGCAGAGGAGUGAAGGUGGUAGACCACGUUGGGGAAGGGAAUCAUGGAAUGGAUCUCAUAGAAGUAAGCAAAGUUGGCCCGCUCUUCAACCUCAUUAAAAAAAUAUAU